GUGAAGCGGCGCCCGAGCGCCCCAGCGUCUGUGAGGUUUGGCACCGCUUGGAAACGCUGUGGGGCCAUUGCAAACAGUCCAUUGCGUCCCUCCCACCUUUAGCGGCAAUAAAAAAGCAGAAAACACACCCACACACUGAGUUUCUGACAAAAACUGUGCCUGCUAUGUGAUGUAUGUAGUUACUGCAGUGACCCUCUUCCAUCUCCUUCGUCACGGUUCCAUCCCAUCCGUCGGUGGUUUUCAGAGAAUUAAAUUAAAGCCAAUGCUUUGUGUCGCGUUGUCGGCUCUAAAACUACGUUUGUUUUUGCCCCGGGCGUUUUUACGUCCUGAAAUUUCACUCCCUACAACCUAAAGAUGGCUGAAGCAGAACCUCAGGAAGAAAACUGUGAAAACUCAAUAGAGAUGAUGGAGAAGUGCAACAAAGACUUAGAAACACUUCUGGAGGAAAUGGAAAAAAUAACAGUUCGUGCAGCCUGGAUGACCUACGGCAUCGUAACCAUCCACACCAACCCAGACCUGGCCAGCUCCAUGAAGCACCUGGAAGAUGCCUUCCUGAGGUGCAAAGAACAGGUGGGGAGGAAGUGGCAAGAGGUGCUAAAGGAAUCCAGAGGUGAAGAGGAAUAAACUGAAUUCUCUCGUGCUGGCAGAGCCUUGGGAAAUCGCUCUGUUUAUUUGCCAGCCGCGGAGGUUUCACAGCCACUGUGGAAAAGGGAUUGGCUUUCACCAUGCUAAGAACUCAUAAGUAAACAUCUAGGGAAGCAUUUAAUGAGAUGACACAGAUAUAUUUAUAUUAUUGAAGGCAAAAGGUAACAGUGUGCUUAUUUCUGUGUGGCCCAUCAGUGACCCCUGCAGUGUUUGCACACACCAUUCACACGCCUUCGGUGCCUUUCCUCCUGGAAGUUCACACUCCUCAUCCUCAGUAUAACCAGAACUCUCUGAGACCUGAGCACACUGUGGGUGGGGAGCAGGGCUGGUGUAGUGGACCAUCCCCAUGCCUGUCAAGGAAAACUGAGGAAUUACUUACUUUUCCAAAUGAAAAACAGGUGACACUCUAGACUGAGUCAGUCGGAUGUACGGUUGCCAUCCAGGUGUUCAGUUCCAGAGUUUCAUUAUUCAGGUAGCUCAUCUGUAGGUGUUCCAUUUUGUUUCACUGGAUUUUUAACCAUUUCUUUGAACUGGUUUUCCCAGAAAGAUUGUUCUUCUCAAACCCUCUGAAGGGUAGCAUGACUUAAAUGUUUAAGUAAAACUUUUUUACCAUUA